UGCAUGGCCCAAACCAUUUCUUUUUUAUUUUCAUUUAUUGCUAGGGAUCUAUCCAAUUAGACAGAGACUGAAUCGAUUCUACGGUGUUUUCUCAUGGAUGCCGUAUGUAAAGACAGGGCCUCCAAGCUGGUAAUUAAAAGUUUUAUGUGGUCACGUCAGGAUAUAUCACUCAGUUGCUCUUAUAAAUAAAAUAGAGUUUCUGAUUCAACAUUUACAUGCAGAAGCUAAAAAUUACAGUGUAUAUCAAAUGUCUUAGAUAUGCAACAAUUAUAUCCCAUAUGGAUAUAUUGUUAAUUUUUUAAAGAUUAUUUUGUUUUUCACUUUAAAUCUAUAUGUACAUGACGUGACUUCAAAACAUUUUUGACCAGCUGAGAUAAAUCAGGCUAGCAUUGAGAUAUUAUAAAAAUUAAAUAAUAAGUAAAUGGGAUUAGUGCCAUUUCGUGAGAAAAUAUUAACACGUAGCUCUGUUGGUAAUACAUGAUACAAUAUCUACGCACCUCGGCAAGGUCUAUGCUGUGCGAGGGUCUUUCAAGUCUACCCCCAAGUCCUAUUCCGAAGACAAAGGAAAGCAAUAACAACAACUCUUCUCCGGAGUCCGGUAGCGAACGUACUAACAGUCCAGCAUCCGGACGAAUCCCGACCAGUAGUUCCAGAACAGAGUCUUCACGGACAUAUUCCUCUCCUGCAGACCAGAGGCGAACGGAUAACGAGAAUCAUUCAUCCACGAGUUCACGGGAUGAUCACAGAAGGUCGGACCGCGCUAAAUACUCCACUGAUAAAUCACGGAGAUCUUCUAACGAGGAGAGGAGGCAGCGAGACCCUGAUCACAGAGAUAGUAAAGACACGAGGAAACCGCGAGACGAAGAGAGAAAGUCACGAGAUGACGAGAGACGACGUAGCGACCGGACAUCUUCAGGAAGUUGCCGUGAAGACAAGACCGAGGACCGGGAUAAGACGGACAAAGAUCAUCAUCAUCGAGAGGACAGGAGGGAUCGUGAUAGAGAUAGAAACGAAAGGGAUAGACGUAGGGAUAGAGACAGGGACCGUAGAUAUGUACGCGAUGAUAGAACUAAAGAUCGUCAUCGUGAUGAACGCUCGAGUUAUCACAAGGAAAAGGAUCGCACGAGAUCCAGAUCAAGAUCCAGAGAUCGUGCACCACUUCCUUUCAGAACAAUGAGCUAUAGAGAAGAAAAGGGCAGGAAUAAAUUAGCACAACUAGAAAAAUUGGGUAUUGAACUGAAAGCUCCGGAGGGUGAUCCAGUUACUCCCAAUGUUCAAGGCGAACCGAAUUACUAUAAUCCACUGGCUACAGCUACACAGGGUAAAUAUGCUGAGCAGAUACAGAAGAGGAAACUUCUCUGGGCAAAUAAGUCCAAAUCUGAUGAGGGUAAAAAAACAACUACCGCAGCUUCUACGGCUAAUACUUGGGUUGGCACUACCUUCACUCAUGACCAGGAUGGUAAAGUGACAGCAAAAUUUAAGAGGCUGAUGGGCAUAAAGGGCGAUUUACCCACAGCUCCACCAGCUGGUGCAAAACCGGACAUCUUGAAGAAGCAGGAAGAAAUGUUUAAUAAUAUGGAACAACAGUAUGAAGUUGCGCGUGCCACUACACAUACGCAACGUGGCGUUGGACUUGGUUACGCUACAGGUGGAUAUCAAUUUCCACGAUAAGACAACUAAAAUAUAUCAACUGCGUAUUGAAUUGCUAGAGAACUUUUGUAUAAAAGAAAAUCUUCCGAUCGUUGCCGUGGCAAAUUUAAUCCUCAAAUAAAGGACAAAUAAAAUAAGUGGAGACUGUUAUACGAUCGAGUAAAUACGUCGUCAGGAGUUAAAGUGACACUCCCAAUCUUGCUACGAUAAUUAAUAUUCUUCCACAGUAGAAUUAAAAGGAAAACCUGUAACAAGGAUCCAAAAAGUACAGUUUGCUUAAUAUUAACUCGGCAUUACCUUUUUAAGUAACUCUUUAAUUGAAUGAUCAAAUUAAUUACCUGAACGCGAAGCUUUAUUCUUUACAUUAGUUUAGUUUCUUUGAACUUUUGCUAAUAAGCAGACCUACAAACUAUAUUUGAUUUUAUUCAUCCUGAAAAUACACACAGAGAUAUCGCUACAAUUUUGUAGUAUACGUCGAUACGACAAUUGUACAAACAAGUCUGUAUAACGUAAUAAAAUGAGUGUUUCGUAAUGAAUAAAUGAUGUCACAGUUUGCAAAUAUAUUUUACCUUCUCAGUAAUAAUAAAGUGAACAUUUUUAUUUGAAUA